GUGCGAUCGCCUCGCUCGAGUCCCGGCACGCUGUCAACGGUGAACCGUGGCACGGUCGCGAUCGUCUCUCGCGGAUGCGUCUCUUCGCUCGUGUUUACACGUGACAAGCCUCCAGCGGCAUCGCCGGCCAGCCUCUCCGCCGCUCGCUGCGUGUGCCCGGCGUACGAAAGGAGAUCGUCGUUGACCUGUCGCGCUCCGUCGCGCGGAGAAAUGCGUGGGACGCCGGGAAAGGUGCUCGCACCGCGGCCUCCGCCGGCUCGCCGCUAGUCACCGGCUCGUGAUUAAGAGGGCAACACCGAUCGACUUCGGCCUGUCCGUUCCACUCGUUCGAUUCGGUAGCCGAAUCGCAACCCGUCACCGAUUAACCCGGCCGCGAUUGCGAAAUGUGUCUGUUACGGGAACGGUUACCCGCCCGCCGGAUCUGACUCGGCCGAAGUGAACGGCGCGGCGUCAGGUGUUCCGUACGCCGUCUCCGAGCCACUCCGGAUGGACGCUCGUUUCGGGGAAAGUGGACCGGUGAGUGAUCGCCUUGGGAAUCGUCGGGUCGAUCCUCGCGGCGGCGAGUGACUCAUGAGUGAUCGAUACAGGAGUGCACGGCGCCGUUGCGCGGUUUGAACGUUUACGAAAGUUCCAUGUAACUCCGCGGACGCCGUUUGUCCGGACCCGCCGCUUCGGAGCUUGGUGCAACAAGUUUGUCGAAUGACCAGCAACAUCCACAGGAGGAUCAAGGUUAAAAUCCUAGAAAAAAUGAGCCACCCAAACUGCUUCGUCGCGACCAGUUAAAGCCCUUCGCUCGACGUCCCAAGAAACAUGUUGCCCUCGUCGAAGCUGCUGCACGACGAGUCGUCGGGACCUCCGGAGAGCGACGCGAGCCGCGAUCAAGGGAGCGCAGGGAUGAACGGUGCGUCGAUCGCGCCGGUGAACGCCGAGCGCAACGACGACGAUCCGCCGCCGUACACCGCCAUCGCGCCGCCUAACCACGUCGGCUGGCCGUUCGACUUCUCCGGGAUCCCGUAUUCCGCCGCGUCCUGCAGAUCCGGCUCGCCGCUGCGGCCCUUCCAGCCGCUGGCUCCGACCUCGGGCCCAACUUUCGACCCCGAGGGACCGGACGGGCAGCACACGUCGAUCUCCAUGCCCCUGAUGCCCUGCCGGCUGUUCAAGUUCGGCUCCCACAGGUCCAUAUUCGCGCAGACCCUGCCUUUCUCGGACAACAUCUCUGUGAGCAAGGACAGCCAACGAAGGACGCGCAAGUACGGCGCCAUUCUCGCCGCCGCCGCCGUCAUCAUCUUCCUGAUGGUUCUGUCGCUGCUGGUGAGGUUCGUCAUGGAAAAAAGCCUCUGGAGACGUUAGCCGGGCAUCGAUCCCCCGAAAUCCGGGCGACGCUUCCCUCUAUUCCCGAUCCGGACUGAAUCUAGAGUAAGCGUUAUCACGGUGCAAUUCCCUCCGCGUCGACGCAAUCGCAAGUAUAAUUAGAGCAUGAUUGCUCCCUCCUUUUGUCCUCGCCCCGAACACAAUGCGCGCGAGCGUGCAAUCCUGCGACUCGUAAGUGCAAUGUUACAUAUCCGUAAUGCCUCGCGAAGGUCCGCGCGCGCAGCGUAAAUCGCGCUCGACGUUCACGCCGGCAUUUAACGUUAAGGUACUUGUAUAAAUCGCCAUUCUUUUUUACUAUCGCGCUUGGUAUUUUGUAACUCGAAAGUAAGAAAUAGAAGGAUCAUUGAUAUUCCAAGGAAAUCACGCCGAGUGUGUUCUUCACCUGACUCUUCCGGCGCUUUGCAGUGUUCUCUCACGUUUUCCAGCCGGAAAAACACGUUUCCGAAUGACUGUGAAUGCAUUAACGGGAGUCACACUUUGAACUGAGUGCCUUCGGUAUAUAAGGAGUAGAAAAGAGGUUAUACGUUGAUGUUUCUCAAAUAAAUUCGUUGCUGUUCGAUGAAUCAUUAAUUGUUCUCACGGGUCAAUAGGAAAAGCGAGGUCCUAAACAGUUCAAUGCAGUGUUUACUGCUCGAUAUCUCGGUACAGAUAUCGAACGUUUGGCUGCAGAAUGUUUUCGACGAGAUAUCAGCUAGCAAUGCUAGCCUUCGAACUGUGAUUCGGCCCGUCAAUGCGACGAAACUCCAGUUUUCUGGGCGAAACUCGAUAACUGGAGAAGUACGAGUGAUACAACGAAAUGCUUCGAACAAAAGUUGUAAGGUAUAGAGGUAAAAAUAUAACUACAUAUGUUGGUUAGAUUUUUGUCUACAUUAUGGAGAUAUAAGUUUUCUCAAUGACAAUGAAUAUUUUGCUUUUGCGUUCCAACGUUGUAUAAACAGAGACGGAGUUUAUUUGCAGAAAAUUAUUUUUCAAUACAGCAUUUUGCACAGCAGAGACUGCCUAGCGAGCACUUGGCACUUCGGUGAUUCUUGAAUUUUCGUUACGCGAAUAGUCGAAUUUUGGGAUUCCGUCCGCAGACGGCCGCGCCGUGCGUCGCAACGACGGAAGAGUGCAGCCGCCUUAUCGCGUAUGCACGGUCAAAGGACAAAUCACCUUCGCGUCGUCGCACGGCGACACGAAGAUUAAAUAUUUUUGUUAGUCCAAUAUUACGUUCGCGGAAAGAGCCGAUGGCUGAGUUGGAUGAGCAAACGUUUGCGUGUUUGACGUUCGGCCGUAGUCAGCGGUCCGGCUGCCUCGGAAGAGCGUGUCGUUCUAGUUAAAAAUUUGUCUGUCGCCAAACCUCGUGCCAGACCGACGUUAAACAAUUGCAUUUCACAUUGGGAUCCGUCCGUUUCCGGGAAAAAUCAUAGGACGUUCGUACGAGUGGCUCCGAAUAAUAGUCCGACCCCAAUGGUAAUAAUCGAAUUGAGUCGAACGAUUUAAUAUUGUACUUUUUCCAUUUUGUGUAUUUUGCUCUAUGAAAUUGUGCGGCGUUCGACGUGUUAAUAUUAAUAAUUAUAGUAUCAACAUUCAACGAAUCCAAGAACACUUUAACCCUUCGCACUCGGAAGUUUUUCUAAAAAUAUUUGAAUACUUUCUGAUGAGAGAAACACGGUAUUUUGUGAAACUAUCUCGAAAAGUCACACGUACAUUGAGAAACAAAGCUAUUUUACUUCAAUAUUUCUGAAAUUGUUGCAUUAUACGAAGUAUAAUAUUAAAUAUCAAAUUUUAUAGUUUUCUGUAUGAAAUCAUUUGGUGCAAAGGGUUAAAAGACACUUUUCCCCGUGUCUCGCGUCUCCAUUUUGCCCAGAAUAAUUGGAAUUGAAAAAUAUUAUGAAAAAUUUCUUACCAGUCUGCUCGUUUCUGUCUUUUUUCAACGACACCUCGAAUGCCUCGGUGAAUUGAAAUGCGCAGCAGGGUUAGAGGAAGACUUUCUUCGAUUUCGUUCCCCAAGGUGAGCAUAAUUGCCUCAUUUCAAAUGCAAAUGAAUUUAAUACGUGACGUGUAUAAGCAGCCUCGUUGUAGUCCACCUGCCACCGCAUACUCUCGAUGUAAACAGACCAAUCAGAGGCAAUCGAUGUCCUGGACGCGAUAACGGGAGGAUAAGUGUGUCGUUAAUUGUCCGCUUGUCAGGUCACUGCUUUUAAUAUUGUUUGCCACGGUGGCCGGUCCGUCUGUUACUUUUUACUCGGAUUCGCUUUUUCUUCUGUUUUACGUAAUCCGGCCUUGGCAGUUAUUUAUUUAAUCUCGUUUGAUUGCACACGUAGGUAGAGGUGCAGUUAAACAACCGACUCGCGUUGCAUCUCACGAGUAGUCGGCGAUCGGUACGAGAUUAAAAUGAAACGGUGAGUCCUCGUAAAUUAUUCAGGCAGAGACAUAAUGGAAAAUCGAGGUCGGCGA